UUUAUUGUUAAAAAAAGAAAAAAAAAACACAUAUUAUAAGUUUAUAAUUUAUUUUAUUUUUUUAUAUAAUUUAAUUUCUGUAGUGAUAAAAAAAGAUAAAGCGUUAGGAGCGCAAAAGAAAGCUUUCUUCUAAUUCUUCCCUCAGAAUCACACGGUUUUUUACUCUCUUUUUUUUCUUUCAUUUUUCAUGAACAAGAAUCUCAAAAACUGGUGACCAAUCUUAUUAUUAGUUUAUAUAUAUAUAUAUUUGGAGAAGAAAUAAGAAUAAGAAGAGGAAGAAAGAGUUGAACUUUGAGUUGAGACUCUGUUUUUAAUUCAGAUGCGGAGAAGAAAGAAAACAGAGAGAGAGGAGAGUUGUUAGUUAACGUUACAUGUUGAACCUGGAAAAGAAUUUAAGUCUCAAUUGGUUUGGAAGAAAGGUGAUGAUCCUGAACCUGAACCCAUUUCAGCUUUGCAAGAUUUUUUCCCAAGAAUGAAUACCCCACCAACAAUUUUCGUUCUUCUCAUCAUAAUAGUUCUUCUCGUAGUUAUUUCUUCAAGCGAAGCUGACCAUAGCCAUGGCUCAAACGAUUGCCAAAGGUUUUGCAAAGGUGAUUCUGUACCGUACCCGUUUGGGUUCUCACAAGGUUGCAAAAUCCAAUUGAAUUGUAGUGACAAUGGCGAAAAGAGAAUCGGAGAAUUUUUAGUCAAUAACAUCACAUCAACAAGCAUCUUCAUCAAUCUCCCAGCGAAAUGUAACCGUUCGAUUGAAUCAAUCAAACCCCUUUUUGGUUCACACUACGGUUUGACUUGGAAUAACAGUCUCUUGCUCCAAGACUGUACUAGCUCUCGUGUUAAUGGCUGUGUCAUACCCAUGAGCUUCGUUGAGAAUCGGGUCGUCGAUGUACAGGACUGUAAGAUUCCUAACAAGAACGAUUCUCUCAGCUGUUUCUCUAAGAAUUCUGAUACUGAUAUUAUGAACUUCAACGCCGUGAAGGGAACUUCGUGUAAGCUAUUGUUUGCUUCGAUCGCCCUUGACUCAGUCAACUCGUUCCAGUUUCAGAGGCUGGAAUUGGGUUGGUGGCUCAAUGGGUCCUCAAAUAUGUCAUGUGAUCGAAACGCAAAUUCUAUGCAUGUUACUCUUCCCGAAGGUAAAACAGGGGUCCGGUGCUUUUGUAAUGAAGGGUUUCACGGAGAUGGGUUUCUCGCCGGCUCCCGUUGCCGGAAAGUUUCAGCAUGCAGCCCUCGAAAGUACAUGUCUAGCAAAUGUGGAAAAUUUAGUAAAGUGGGUGUUCUUAUUGCAGGGAUAAUAUUUGGAGCUGUUUUGAUGGUCAUCCUAACUUUCCUCUGCCACGUUGUCCGAAGGCGUUCUACUUGUUUGAAAAACCGGAUGAGUGCAAAGCGCCUUCUAUGUGAAACUGGCAAUUCCAGUGUUGCUUUAUACCCCUACAAAGAAAUCGAAAAGGCCACCAAUGGCUUCUCAGAAAGUCGAAGACUUGGAACCGGUGCCUUUGGUAUGGUUUAUGAAGGAAAACUCUUCAAUGAUGAGUUGGUUGCUAUAAAAAAGAUCAAACAUAGAGACAAUAACAGCAUUGAGCAAGUUAUGAAUGAGAUCAAACUACUUUCAUCUGUUAGUCACCCGAAUCUGGUGCGCCUCUUAGGUUGCUGCAUAGAGCAAGGCGAGCAGAUCCUUGUGUAUGAGUUUAUGCCUAAUGGAACUCUAUCUCAGCAUCUACAAAGAGAAAGGGGUAAAGGGCUUCCAUGGACUAUAAGGCUUACCAUUGCUUCUGAAACUGCUAAGGCUAUAGCUUAUCUCCACUCUGCCAUGAAUCCACCAAUUUAUCACAGGGAUAUCAAAUCUAGCAACAUACUAUUAGAUUUCAACUUCAAGUCAAAGGUAGCAGAUUUUGGGCUUUCUAGACUUGGCUUAAUAGAAACAUCACACAUAUCAACAGCCCCACAAGGGACUCCAGGCUAUGUGGAUCCUCAGUACCAUCAAAACUUUCAUCUCUCAGAUAAAAGUGAUGUGUACAGUUUUGGGGUAGUUUUGGUUGAGAUAAUAACAGCAAUGAAAGUGGUUGACUUUACUAGACCUCAGACUGAUGUGAACUUGGCUGCACUUGCUGUUGAUAGGAUUGGAAAAGGGUGUGUGGAUGAUAUAAUAGAUCCAUUCCUUGAACCAAAUAGAGAUGCAUGGACACUUUACUCUGUAAACAAGGUAGCCGAGCUUGCAUUCAGAUGUCUCGCGUUUCAUAGUGACAUGAGACCUUCAAUGAUGGAAGUAGCCGAAGAACUCGAACAAAUCAGGAGAAGCGGAUGGGCUACAAUGGAGGAAAACACAUUUGCUUCAUCAGUUGUGUCCUCUUGUUCAUCGCCUUACAACGGGAGCGAAUCACUUGGUAGCGUGACAUCAAAGAAAGGUGGCGGUGUUGGGAGUCAGAGAUUGUUUCUUCCACAAAAAAUAGAUGAUAACUUGGAGUCAAUGGAAGAAGAAGAGGAGAAGGAAAGCUCUCCUGUUUCUGUGCAAGAUCCAUGGUUUAGUGAACAGAGUUCACCUUCAACAAAUAGCUUAUUGGGUAAUGUAGUCCGAUGACUCUAAAUCACUUCUGCUUCACAUAUAUAUUUCUAUAUAUAUAAUCGUGUGAAUAGUGAAUACCAUAGAUGUAUUAUACAGGUUCUCUUAAACCCCAUUAAUGCCCAUAUCUUAUAGUAUUGUUAUUAUUAAUUUUUGUAUGCUUAACCAAACUGUAUUUAUAUAUAUAUACUAUAUCAUCAUUUUCCCUCAGUUCCUUUAAAGCAAAUGAUGCCAAAGCCAAAGGCCAUCAAGUUACUUGUGUUUGCAAAACAUUUUUUUAACUUGUAACUUGUGAGAAAAAACAGAUUAUGAAGCCUUUAUUUUGUAAUAGUUUCUAGAUUAAUUUAUGCAUAUGGUACUUCAGGCCUAUCAUUUUUUGAGAGGAAA